UAAUUUAUACAGUUUUACAGGUGUACAUAGCUAUACAUUUGACUAAAGAAUCAAUGUUAUUUAUUUAAAAAUUACAAUAAAAUGAACACGUUUCUAAAAUAUUUCUUCGUCGUCUUCAAUAUAUUGUUUUUGAUCGGCGGGGCAACUCUUAUCGGUUUUUCGAUUUGGUUGCAGUAUGCUUCUCCUAUCCAUGAAGUGCUAAUCUUGGCAAAAUCGAGCAUCGCUUUCAUAUACAGCGUUCUUGCCCUUGGAUGUUUAUUACUUAUUUUAGGGUUUUGCGGUUCAUUGGGAGCUUGUUUCGAAAAGAAGUGGCUACUUAUCGUGUAUCUUACUGUGACUGCAAUAUUUCUUCUCGCUGAAAUCGGUAUUGUCAUAUUUGCGUUUGCCGAUAAAAAGAACCUGCAAUCAAACCUACAACCCCUAUGGGCGGCCUUGGCAAAUGAAACGAAAUUUCUGCUUCAGGAAAGGUUUAAAUGUUGUGGUUAUUACGAUGUCUCCGAGUGGAAAGAUGAAAUUCCUGAUUCGUGCAAGAACGUCACCAUUUUAAUAUAUUCAACUUAUUGGGACACACCCUGUAAAGACAGCCUUGUGUCUUGGCUUAAUUCCAACGUCAUCUUGCUAUCUGUUAUCGGAGGAGUAAUUCUGUUCAUUCAGAUUUUCCAAGUUGUUGUCACGUCGAUUAUGCUUCUUAAACUUGGUAAAUCAAACCGCGUUGAAUCUCGAAUGUUCGACGAAAACGACCAUGUUUCCCAACAGCAACACGACAAUCAAGUGUAUGAGAGUGAUUCUAUCGAAGGCGACCACAAGCGGAAUAAAUUCCAGUUACCAUUUCGCCACUGAAGGACAGUAAAGAGUUUUUAAACUAACUGAUCAGAAUCGUAGUGUCCUGGUACGGUUGUAGACCUCCACGUACGGUUAUUCUUAACAUUUAGCAUGUCGAAUACGGAACAUACUUUAUAGUAGGCCAACGCAUUUAGAUAUCUAGAAUCAUUUUGAAAAACAUCAAAAUAGUUUUUUAAUGAUUUUUUUUAAGUUUAUGAUUGUGUUGUUAUGAACCGCUAACUGUGAAAUAGAAUCUAAUAUGCCAGUGGAAAUGA